GUCGACGGGGAAGAAAGAAAUGAAUGAAUGUUCUGAGACCCGAGACCUUCAAGGGCCAGGUUUUUCUUCUUUUCCUCUUAAUUUUUUUAUAAUGGUUUUCAUUUUAUUUUCUGUUCAGGUUCUGGGAUUUUAAAUCUUUUUCAUUUUGUUUUUAAAAUUGGUAAAUAGAGUUCUGGUAAAUCUUCGGUGUUGGAAAGCGUGGUGGGCAGAGAUUUCUUGCCUCGUGGAUCUGGUAUUGUUAUGAGGAGGCCACUGGUGUUGCAACUUCAUAAGACAGAAGAUGGUCAGACUGAGUAUGCGGAGUUUCUUCAUGCUCCUAGAAAGAAGUAUACUGAUUUUGCUGCUAUGCGUAAGGAGAUCCAAGAUGAGACAGAUCGUAUUACUGGGAAAUCUAAGCAAAUAUCUAACAUUCCAAUUCAUCUGAGCAUAUAUUCUCCAAAUGUUGUAAACUUGACAGUCAUAGAUCUUCCUGGGUUGACAAAGGUUGCUGUAGAGGGACAACCGGAAACCAUUGUUGAAGAUAUUGAAAAUAUGGUCCGCUCUUAUGUUGAGAAGCCUAACUCUAUCAUAUUGGCUAUAUCUCCUGCAAAUCAAGAUAUUGCCACAUCAGAUGCAAUCAAACUUGCAAGAGAAGUUGAUCCUUCAGGUGAAAGAACAUUUCGGGUGCUAACAAAACUUGAUUUAAUGGACAAAGGAACUCAAUGCCAAGCACACCAAGGUCUCAUUCUUUCCUUAUUAACCAAUCAUCCAAUCUUCUUUAAUGGAUUUCAAUGCUUCAUUUUCUGUUUUUCUUCUUCUUCUUCUGUAUGCAGAUUCUUGAAGGUCUUCUGAAGUUGCCAGAAAACCGAGAAUGCGCUGACUGUCGAAACAAGGCACCACGAUGGGCUAGUGUGAACCUUGGAAUAUUUAUAUGCAUGCAAUGUUCUGGAAUUCAUCGGAGUCUUGGAGUUCUUAUUUCA